AUGCCGAACCUAUCCCGUCGGCAACCUCUAGGAGUGGAGGAAGAGGACUACGUCAACGCAGCGGAAAAGAGUCCGCGAUGGCUGCUCUCCACGCAUGCCCUCGCUAUCCGCGCAGUGGUCGGCUUCGCAUUUAGGGCUAUGAACAGCUUGGACUCGACGAUCCCGGCUAUGACCGAGACCAUCUGGGUCGACUCAACCCUGGGGCAGUGGCCAGGAAAACAGAAGAUCAGCGUCGAUGUCUGGAUACCGCCCCGGGCGCCGGGCAGCCCCGAGCCUGCAGGGAAGCGACCCGCAGUCGUAGAUUUCCACGGCGGCGGCUUCAUCAUGGGCCAGGCAACCGAAGACGCUCGGUGGGCGGGGGUGCUCAACCGCGACGUGAACGCCGUGGUAUUUUCCGUCAACUACCGGCUCGCGCCCAGCUACCCAUUUCCUACGCCGGUCGAGGACUGCGUCGAUGCGACCGUGCAAAUCAUCGGCCUCGCCGAUAAGUACGACAUCGACCCGGACCGGAUCGUCAUUUCCGGCUUCUCGGCCGGAGGCACGCUGGCCUUCAGCACCUGGGUCGUGCUCCAGGACCCGGGCAGGUGGGGAUACCAGCUGCCGAAACACCUCCCGCGGAUCGCCGGCCUGGUCCUCUAUUAUCCCGUGCUGGACUGGACCAUCGACCGCCCCAAGAAGCGCCUUACCUGCGCGCGGCCCGACUUGACCCUCCCCAGAAACUUGACAGACCUCAUAGACGCGUCGUACCUAUACCCGGCGCUCCCGCGGGCGCAGCGGGACGACCUGCGGCUGUCGCCGGGUCUCAUCCCCGACGAUAUGCUCGACAGGCUGCCUCCCGUCCACAUGUGUCUCUGCGAAUACGACAUGCUCCUCUCGGAAGGUCUCGCGUUCGCGAAGAGAGCGCAAGCACGAGGGAAGACCGUCAGCGUCCGCGUCGUGGAAGGGGAGAGGCACGCAUGGGAUAAGCCUCCGCGGAUGACAGCGAAGAAGAGUGUUGCAGUCGAGUACGGCGAGGCACUAAACGCGAUCAAGGAGUGGUUCGACAAGACAUCUCGGUAG